GACACCUGGGUUUGAACUUCAUUAAAACAAGAUAAGAAUAAAAAUAAUAAACCUACCCGAACGGUAACCGUAACUUAAACCCACCGACUCAAUGUCAAAAAACGGGUUUAUAUCCAGUAUCCGGCGGUUGGUUAGCCCCGAGGAGCCGCUAGCGAGCAGCAGGCCGUGUCCGUUCGAUCAACUUCGCCAGCAGAUGAACGAUGUCCUGGGAGAUGGAGGGAUCCUGAAAGAGGUGGUCCAAUCUGGGGAGGGCCCACCCGUACCUGAAAACGCUUCAGUAUUGAUCCAUUACUCGGGUUUCCUGGAAUAUUCUGACCGUCCUUUUGAAACCACCACGCACUUCAAGUACCCCCAGAUGAUGAAGUUAGGGAGAGAUGUGACGCUGGCCGGACUGGAGCUGGGUCUGCUGACCAUGCGGAAAGGAGAGUUCUCUCGCUUCCUCUUCCAGCCCCAGUACGCCUACGGGGACAUGGGUUGUCCUCCGCUCAUUCCCGCCGCCGCGGUGAUCCUGUACGAGAUCCAGAUCCUCGACUUCCUCGACUCGGGACAAGUGGACGACUUCAUCGCAAUGAGUCCGGAGGAGCAGAACGAUGCUCCUCUGUCCACGCUCCUUGAAGUCGUCGGCACACUACGCAGCUUCGGCAACCGUUUCUUCAACCAAAGCCGCUACGACAACGCCAAAGAUCGCUACAAACAGGCAUCGAAGCUGCUGGUGAACAGGGAAACACCGAGCGAUGCGGAAACGGAGAGGAUCAAGACGGCACUGCUUCCUCUCUAUCUGAACCUUUCUUUCACCGAGCUCCGUCUGGACCGCCCGCACAAAGCCCUAAAAUAUGGCAACAAAGCCUUGGAGAUGGACUCUGCCAACACAAAGGCUCUUUUCCGCUGCGGUCAGGCGUAUCUGGAGCUGCGUGACUACGAGAGCGCCCAGAGUUGCCUCAUAACCGCUCAGGCAAAGAAGCCCUUCGACAGCGACAUCAACAACCUGCUGAGGAAAGUGGCAACAUGCUAUAAGAACAGCUUGGACAAAGAGAAGGAACUGUACUCCAAGAUGUUCAGUAACUUGAGGGCCAAGUGAAGCCGUAAAGAUGAGUGAAAAGAUGACUUUGUGGGUAAAGAACGGCCCGGUUUCUCUCCAGUACUGCACGUUUUUGUGGUGUUUUUUUUGCGUACGUGAAGAAAGGAAUAAU